ACCCACCAGGGAGAGGAGCCUCCGGCUAGAAUGCCCUGAGAAGGUUAAGGCGUCACUUCUGGGCUCUUCGGGCCUGGGAUGGGCUGAAUUGUGCCCUCUGCUCGUAUGUGGAAGCCUGAUCCCCCGGAGCCUUAGAAUGUGGUCAUAUCUGGAGGUGGGGCUUUCAGGGAUGAUAAGGUUACGUGGGCAUGUGAGGACGGGCUCUAAUCCAAGCUGAUAGGUGUCCUUACGAGGAGAGAAAACGUGGACCCACAGAGCCAUGAGGAAUGUGUGCGCACAGAGGAGAGACCGCGUGAGGACACAAGGAGAAGGUGGCCAUCUCAAGCCAAGGAGAGUGGCGGCAGAAGAGACGAGGCCCGCUGACACCUUGACCUUGGACUUCCAGCCUCCAGAGCUGUGUGAGAAUGUCUGUUGGCGAAGGCACCUGUGCGGCUCUGCUAUUUAGUCCUUGAAAAUUAAUACACCUGCCCCUAGGGCAUCACCUGAAUCAAAUCGGGAAGAAGCGCCAGAUGAACCCGCAUGAGGGCCAUUCUGUCAAGUAACUGACCCCUACUCCUCCAGACAUCAAGGGUAUGAGGGACAAAGCUGGACAGACGGUCCCAGGCUGGAGGAACUUAAGAAGCCUGAUCCUGGUCUCACGCUAGAUCCUGGUCUAGGGAAAAAACACUUUCCUCCUUUGCUCUAAAAGUCUUGAUUAGGACCAUUGGUAAAUUGAAUAAGGUUUGUAAAUUGGGCAUUUGUGUGACACCAGUGUUGACUUCCUGGUUUUGAGCAUCUUACUCGUAUUUCAGAAAGAACACACUGCAGUAUUCAGCCGUAAAAGGAGAACCAUCUGCAAACAGCUCUCAAAUGUUACGGAAGAAAGUGUGGAGGUGGGUGUCUGUGUACAGACCAGGAGUGAAAAAGAGAAAAUAUGUGUAAAAAGACACUGUCAAGAAACAAAACUCAACUGAGUGAAUUUUAUUCAGUCUCCUGGCUUUGUGCAACCGUCCAUCAGGCAGCCUCUGGUCUAGCAGAUAUCGGAACUCUCCAGAAUGAUCUUUCUAGGCAGUCUAGCAGAUAGGAACUCUAUCUAGCCUCCAGUUUAGCAGAUAGGAACUCUCCAGAAAGACCUUUAUAGGCAGAAGGGAGCGGGAACAAGGAACUUACACUGGCAAAAAUGGGGGUUGGUUCGUUGCAGGGGUAUGUGGGCCAGAGUACUAGCUAGGGCUCAUCAGGCCAUUCCUUUUUUUGGCUGGUUUAAGAUUCCAUUUCUGGGAGAGCCAAAACUGUAAUUAAGUCUUAGUUUGUUGACGUGAGGCUUAGCCUAAGUGACUCUAGCUGGGAGUCUGCUGUCUUGUUUUAACAGCCGUGAGUAUCUGAGGGAUCUGGCUGAAGAGUAUAUGGGAAUUUUUUCAGUAAGUCUGAAACUAUGUCAAAAGAAAAAGUUUAAAGGCUUUUCCAUUGUCCUUUAGGAAAGACCCACCUCACCAGCCCUUCCCCCUCCAGGGACCCCAGUCAGCCUGAAAUCCACUGUUUGCCACCCUACGCCCUUACUGAGGCGGCCUCAAGCCCCAGCUGUAAGGCAGGACGUGGGGGCGAGUGGCAGCUUCCUGACUGGGAGGUGCCUUCCCUGGCCUUCAGGGUGGGAAUUUCACCAGAGCCCCUGGGAGCAAGCCUGGCAGAGCUUCUCCAGGUGGGCGCCCUUUGCCCCUGGAAGUUCCCACUUGCCUUCCUCCGCCAUAUAAGUCCUGGGCCUCACCUGGGGCUGAGGGUGGGGUGGGCUGUUGCCCUGGUGUGUCCGAUGGCAGGGAUCUCGGCCAGGCUCCGGGACGGUUGCGUGGCGCUGCUGCUGGUGGCUGCUCUGGGGCUGACGCAGCGGCCACACACCGAACCUGGUCCCUCAGGCCUGUGGCACGGCUAUGACUGUGGGGUCAAGGGCAUGCAGCUAUGGGCCUUCCCGGGGCCAGGCCAGACAAUCCGCUUCAAGGUGGUAGAUGAAUUUGGGAACCAAUUUGAGGUAAACAACUGCUCUGCCUGCUACCACUGGGUCACCACCAAGCCCCCGGGACACGCGGUCUUCUCAGCUGGUUACAAAGGCUGCCACGUGCUGGAGAAGGACGGGCGCUCCCACCUGAAGGUGAUCAUCGAAGCCGUGCUGCCCAACGGUCAAGUUGAGGCAACAGGAGAUGUCACUCUGAUUUGUCCUAAACCUGCCCACACCUGGACUCCGGACCCACACCUGGCACCACGCACAGGCUUCUCCCGCCCCACCCCCCAGGCCUGGUCCCUCCGCCCCAACCCAGAGCACAGCUUCGUCCAUGCGACCCCUGCCUUGCCGUCCCUCGGACCUGGACCCACCUCCCAUGCCACCCAGGCCCCACCCCAGGGGGGCACCCUGAGACCCUGGGGGGUUGACGAGCCAUCAUACCCAGGUGCACCUCUGACUCCAGAGCUGUGCCAGGUGCCCUCGGGGGCCAUCCCCUGUGGAGUGGGAAGAAACUCGAAGGAAGCCUGCCAGCAGGCUGGCUGCUGCUAUGACAACAGCAGAGCGAUUCCCUGUUACUAUGGCAACACAGCAACUGUCCAGUGCUUCAGAAAUGGCCACUUUGUCCUGGUGGUGUCCCAAGAAACUGCCUUGGCGCACGGGAUCACGCUGGCCAACCUCCACAUGGCCUAUGCCCCCACCGGCUGCUCGCCCACCCAGGAGACUGGGUCCUUCGUGGUCUUCCGCUUCCCCCUCUCCCACUGUGGGACCACAGCCCAGGUGGCUGGCAACCAGCUCGUCUAUGAGAAUCAGCUGGUGUCUGACAUCGAGGCUCGGACGGGGCCACAGGGCUCCAUCACGAGGGACAGCACCUUCCGGCUUCACAUGCGCUGCAUCUUCAACGCCAGUGACUUCCUGCCGCUCCAGGCAUCCGUCUUCCCGCCACCCUCUCCAGCCCCUGUGACCCAGUCCGGGCCCCUGCAUCUCCAGCUUCGGAUCGCCAAGGAUGAGACUUUCCGCUCCUUCUACGAGGAAGGGGACUACCCCCUCGUGAGGCUGCUGCGUGAGCCUGUCCCGGUGGAGGUCCGGCUCCUGCACAGGACAGACCCCAGUCUGGUCCUGCUGCUGCACCAGUGCUGGGCCACUCCCGGGGCCAGCCCCUUCCAGCAGCCUCAGUGGCCCAUCCUGUCCGACGGGUGUCCUUUUGAUGGCGACAGCUACAGGACCCAACUGGUAGCCUUGGACGGGGCAGAGCUUUCCUUCCCAUCCCACUACCGGCGCUUCACCGUUGCCACCUUCGCCCUCCUGCACCCUGGCUCCCAGAGGGCCCUCAGGGGAUGGGUUUACUUCUUCUGCAGUGCCUCUGCCUGUUCCCCUUCGGGGCUGGAGACCUGCCCCACUAUGUGCAGCUCUGGGCCCUCGAGACAGCGACGAUCCUCUCCUGCCCACAGCACUGCUGCUGGGCCCCAGAACCUUGUGAGCUCUCCAGGGCCCGUGGGCUUUGAGGAUUCUUACAGGCAGGAGCCUGCGCUGGGGCCCACAGGCUCCCCCAGGAACGUCAACCAGAGGCCUCUCCUCUGGGUGGUCCUUCUGCUGGCGGCUGUUGCCCUGGUCCUAGGGGUCGGUGUUUUCGUGGGCCUGCACCAAGCCAAGUGCGGAAGCUCCAGGAAGGCCACAGAGGGCGAAGGGGCUCAAUAAACCGUUGUGUCA